AUGGUGAGGGUGGAGAGAGGAGUGGCGGGAAGUUUGGAUGGUUUGGAAGGGUGGGGGGAUGAGGGUGAGGGAGAGGAUCCUGAUGCGGUAUUUCCCACUACGAGGUUGGGAGAUGUGACGACUUCAAGGGGUGUAAGAAAUGAGGGGGAUAAUUUGAAGCUGAAGAAUUUUGAUGAAGAACGAGGGGUCCCACAGGUUUCGGUCAUUCGUCAGGGCUCGGAGGCUACUGAAGGGAGUAAUUAA